GGACAUGAAGCUUCUCGAUAGCGUGCUCGAGCAAGCUCAUCAGCUUCGUGCUGGAAGAAAGGGCCUCGUGAAAGGGUCAGUCUACAUGCUACAAACCAAAUCCGCCAGAGUCAAUGCUCGACGAGAGAAGGCUCUAGCAGCAUGCCGUAUAGAUGAAGAAUGGCUCACUUUCAUCGCUGCGCAUGAGCGUGCUUGGACCAACGACCCCAGGGAGUUUUGGGAAGUUCCGAGGAAUGCACCCACAACGUACGAUGCUAGUGACCCAAUCGUUCGUCUGGCCGGCGCCUACACCAACGCCACUUCCACGGGACAUUAGUCCCGGAUAGUGAAGUGCAUGGCCGCAAUUUUGCUAUAUGAGAUCAAAAGACAACAAACAGACUUCGACAUGCGAGCCAUCGCGCAUUCGCUACACCGAUCUUGCCCGGCAGUGGACGAAGCACAAGCACUGAGUACCUUGGAGCGCAUGGAAGACGAGGGUAGCAGACUAUUCCACUUAGAGGUAGCCCUUGGACGAGGAGCCAUCUUCGUUAUCAGUUGUGCCGGAACGGAAAUAAUUGGAAAAAAAGACUUCCGCAAAACAGGGCCCGAAUUUGAGCAGGCAGUUGCGAAGUUCCGCGAAGCUGGAGCUACCCAGGCAGCCACUCGUUUCGCGGGUCUUCGUGAUGCUUUAGCGGGAUCGAUGUCGCCAGAACUAUGCCUCGGGGCCAGGAUAUCUGAUGAUCUACCGUCUAGGAUCUGUGUGGAGGGUACUGCGGCAGAUCUUGAUUGGGAUCCGAUCUUGUAUCGCACUGAUGAUAAUGAGUCCAGCCGCGCUUGGAGUGUUGAUUGGACUGCUUAAAGAAUUUCGAAUGCUCCUCCAAUUGUUGGUCAUGUUUAGAAUCCUGCGUAAAUAACGGUUACCAGACAUUACCUUGUGCCAGUACACAAUUGAUGGUCCC